CUAAGCUUCUCCAGAAACCGGAGGGCGGAUGUGUCUUUUCCCAACUUGGAAGACCGGUCUUCGACGGGAUUCGGCGUCUCCGUCGUUUUCAUUAUAUGGGCAUAUGUUCCUGACCGUUGGUUGCAUUCUAUAGGGAUCUAUUACUACCCAAGCAGGUAUUGGGCAUUGGCUGUGCCAACUUUUUUUUCUGUCACGGUUGUACUGGCCAUUGGCUUCUACAUCGGCGUGAACUUUAUGGCUACUCCUCCUCCUACCUCCUUGAACUCGAUGUUUGAUGAAUUCAGUAGGGAACCACUGAGCGGCAUCCCUUCCACAGAUGAUGAUGAGCAGCCCAUUGAGCCUAUAUCCGACAUUGACAUCACUCAAAUUAAUGACAUCAUGUUUAACAAUCUAAAAUGAUAUCCCGCCGCGGAUAGAGUUGUUAGAAACUUCAUUGUCAUUAUAUUGUCUUUGCCUGCAGAUGUUCAAUAUGAUGAGAUCAUUUUGCAAAUAUGUGGAUAUCUAAGAACAAUGCUGAAUUGGUGAAUUAUCGUGGAGACGCAGUUCAGCAUUUAACUUGGCUUCAAAUUCCAUACUCUGCCUGGAGCUCUCAGAAAAAUGUGUAUGUUGCAGAAAGCUGGACAAAUCAGCUUAAUGCAACUGGCUUUAGCUAGGCUAAAAUACAUUUUAAGCCCCUGUGUUUUGGAAGUAGACUAAAUCCUCCCCUAUAUUUUGUGAAACUCAACAAAAAAAACACCCCUUAUUAAUGGAAGGUACAUUAGGCGCCCUUCUUGUGUGUUUUGGGGUGCUUUACAACUACUUCGGACCUUAUUUUUGCACCCUCGUGGUGUCUCUAUAUAUUUGAUUUGGCCA